AUAAUUUGAUGUGGAAAAUAUGUUAAAUUAAGCACAAUAACAGCAUUGACACAGACUAAUAAUAAAUAUUUUGAGUAAAAUAAUCCUCCAUGGUCCAAAAGGACCAAAACCAUUGAACCCACUCGUCUCGUCUAUACUUUACUAAUAAUUAUCAAUAAUCAAAACAACAAAUACCAACAAGGCCAAAAAAAAAAAAAGAAAGAGAGAAGAAGAUAAGACCAUUGUUCUAUGAUCCUGAAAUGGGAUUGAAAGAGCAACGAAAUUGUCUAAGUCAGAGGAAGAUUAUAGUUUUUUUAGUCUCAGCUUUUAUUCCAAUAGCUCUGUUUCGACUCUGUUUUACUAAUCCAUUCUCCGCCAUUGAUGACACCUCUCUCCAAGAAUCUGCAGCUCACGUUGUGAUCACCAGCUACUCUUCUUCUUCUCAAGAAGAAGAAACUCAAGAGAGUUAUGAUCGUGUAAAGGAGGAAAAUUUAUGCGAUUAUACGCAAGGAAAAUGGGUCAGAGACGAGAUUGGUCCACUCUACAAUGGUUCGACAUGUGGAACUAUCAAGGAUGGUCAAAACUGUUUCCGCCAUGGUAGACCUGAUUCCGGUUAUCUUUAUUGGAAAUGGAAACCGAACCAAUGCGAUAUACCGAGAUUUGACGCGAACCGGUUUCUUGAUCUUAUGAAAGACAAGCAUCUAGCUUUUAUCGGUGAUUCCAUGGCUAGAAAUCAGCUUGAGUCUCUUAUCUGCUUGCUCUCUACCGUCUCUAGCCCUGAUCUCGUGUAUAGAAACGGAGAAGACAAUAAAUUCAGAAAGUGGCGUUUCGAGUCACACAACGUCACGGUCUCGGUUUACUGGUCCCCAUUUUUGGUGGCCGGCUUAGAGAAAUCGGGAAACUUGGACCACAAUGUAUUGAACUUAGACCGCGUGGAUGGGAGAUGGGGCAAUGAUUUAGAACGUAUUGAUACGGUCGUAGUCUCCGUGGGACAUUGGUUUCUGCAUCCGGCGGUUUAUUACGAGUACGGUUCGGUUUUGGGAUGUCAUUCUUGUGAAGCAAGCAACUGUACCGAGAUAGGGUUUUACGAUGUGUUUAGAAAAGCGAUAAGAACAACGUUGAAGGCAGUGGUAGGAGGCCGCCGUGAGGUGAUUUUGACAACGUUUUCGCCGUCACAUUUCGAAGGCCGGCCUUGGGACAGUCUCGGCGCAUGUAACAUGACCGAGCCAUACGAAGGGAAGGUGUUAGAAGGUUUGGACUUAGAUAUGCGGCAGAUAGAGAUGGAGGAAUUUACUGCGGCCAAAGCGGCGGCGGGGGAGGUGAGGUUAGCGGCGUUGGACGUGACGGCGAUGUCGGUGUUGAGACCAGAUGGACAUCCUGGUCCAUACAUGUACUCAUUUCCGUUCAAGAACGGUGUACCGCAGAGAGUUCAUAAUGAUUGUUUGCAUUGGUGUCUACCUGGUCCGGUUGACACGUGGAACGAGAUUAUGAUCGAGAUGUUGCGGCGAUGGAAGGUUUAAAUGAUGAACAUUGAUUGUUGAAGAUCCUAUGAUAUCAUUCAUUUACACGCAUAUGCCAAAAGGUGUAAUCAUUUAUUUUUUUGGGAUUUCAAAACGUAGCUAGGUAUUUUAGUUUCUUGUCUUGGAUAAGAUACCAAAAAAAAAUACAUGGAUGAUACUUAUUUGGUUGGUUAUUUCUGACGUUAUUCAAGCAAUGGAGAAAGGUACAAAAGAUAUAGGAAAAA